AUGGCAGCAAGAAUUGAGAUUAGAGACGCAGCUUCGGAUGCGGCGUACAAAACCGCAGUCGAGCUAUGGACGCUUUACUCAAUUGGUGUUUCAAUCACAUUACUCAGGACAUAUGCGAGAUGCAGAGCUGUCGGCUGGAGAAACCUACGACUUGACGACCUCUUCAUCUGGAUUGGAAUUAUAUUCUAUACCGCACAGACAGCGCUCGCCUACAGCGUCGGACAUCUGGCCCAUGGUCUGGCAAAUAAUAGCAUGACCAGUGCUCAGCGUGCUUCACUUUUUCCAAGCGAUCCAGAAUAUGUCCAAAGAGUGAUUGGGUCCAAAAUUCAGAUCGCAGGUUGGACUACUUAUGUCGCUAUGAUCAAUUCUCUCAAACUAUCGAUGCUGGCAUUCUACAUUCGACUGAUGGAGGGUCUAAGUCGCCGAUACCAAAUGCCAAUCUGGAUCGGAUUCGCCAUCGUCAUCGCAAGCUUCCUCGCUAGUAUAGUCGCAAUCUUCGCCUCGUGCCAACCAUUCCACAAGAACUGGCAAAUAAACCCAGACCCGGGCAACCUCUGUCAACCCGCGAUAUCCAAACCCGUCAUCUCAGUAACAUUCGCCGCAAACCUUCUCACGGACCCAUACCUAAUCUUUAUUCCAAUCCCGAUGCUCUGGAAAUCAAGUCUUAAACUCAUCAAGAAAAUCGCGACAACCAUCGUUCUGGGAGCUGGUGUCUUCAUUCUCGUCUGUGCUACCCUCAAGAGCGUCUUUCUCAUAAUCGAGCCAGACAAUGGCGCCCAACUUGCCGACGAAUGGGGAACCCGCGAAACCUUCGUCGCAGUAAUAACAACAAACCUACCCAUGAUCUUCCACUUACUUCGCACCUGGCUAGCCGCGAUGUUCGGCGACGCGUUCCAAUCUUCUCAAAAAACAUCCCAAUCACCCUUCCAGACCAUUGGUGGAUCUAACAGACGCGGGCUGAGUUCGAAUCGUACUGAUCGGACCAUUGGCUUGACUUUUACCGAGAGUGAAGAGCGUAUUAUGGCGGAUGUCAAAAUGGGGAAUUUGAAGCCGGUUGGGGGUAUUGUGGUUGAGAAACAGGUUGAGAUCAGGAGUGAGACAAGAGGGCGUGGAGGGAAUAGUGAAAGAGGGAGUUGGUAA